UUAAACAAUUAAAACUUUACUCUAUGAUGGUUCAGCAUCACUUAUUACGGUCCUGAUCUGUAUUAUCUAUAUGAACUUUCGAGAAGCAAGGCAUACACGAAUGUUGUGUCAAAUCUUUCAAUAAUUUGUGUUUGAUAAUUACAAAAAAUCGACCUAAUGGGUAACGAAGAAACUCCAACCGCAGUAAAUAAUAAUGAAAUGCCAAUUCCAAAAAUAAAGCACGAUUGGUAUCAAACGGAAAGUCAUGUUGUAGUUCCAGUUCUUGCGAAAGGUGCAAAAAAUGUUAAAGUUAUUUACGAGCAAAGAUCCUUAAGUGUAACUGCUCUGUUACCAUCGGGCAAUGAAUAUAGUUUGGAGUUAGAUUUAGCUCAUCCAAUAGUAACAGAUCAAUGUUCACACAAAGUUGAUCCAUCUAAAAUAGAAAUCAAGUUGAAGAAACAAGAUGGAAUUAUGUGGACUACUUUGGAAGGAAAUCCUAUUGCACAAAAAACAGUACAACCUAUACCUCAAGAAAUUUUACAAGCUGGAAAUCAACCAGAAAAGAAUCUUGUAACUGGAAGAAAACAACGAGACUGGAAUAAAGUAGAAAAAGAAAUUGAGAAACAAGAAGCAGAAGAGAAAUUAGUAGGGGAAGCUGCUCUCUGUGCUUUAUUUCAACAGAUAUAUGGUAGUGGAUCUGAUGAAGUAAAACGUGCAAUGAAUAAAUCCAUUCAAGAGUCUGGUGGUACAGUGUUAAGCACAAAUUGGGCAGAAGUGAGCAAAGGUAAAGUUGAAGUAAAACUACCAGAUGGUAUGGAAUGGAAACCUUGGAAUACAUAAAACAAUACAGAUAAUUAAAAUUUUAAUUUCUUAUUAUUUAACACAAUUUCUUUUAUUUUUAAUAAAAUCAUUUAUUAAAAAUAAAAUUAGUUAAACGAUUGUCUGUAUUAAUGUUUGCCCCAGUUUAUUAUAUAUAUAUAGUU